UGUCAUGGCACGCAGCCCAACUUUCUUUCAUUGAUUGCAGCCAUUUGCGCGCGUCUGUGCAGCUUCCAAGGGUCGAUUAAAACAGGAAAAAGAGACAGCGAGCUUGGGGGGGGGGAAAAUAGCGUUUCCAGGACAGAAGUGUGGAGAUUAAAAAAAAAGAGAGGAGAAAAGUUUGAGAAGUGAAACUGAACUUGUAUCCCGAGUCACGUGUCAGCGUUGGGAGUGGAGACAAAAGACGAGGGAGUGCGACCUGGGAUGAUUGCGCGUAAAAGUUCGGGGGGAAUUGGAUCAGCAGCAGGUGGAGGAGGAGAGAAUUUAAAACCUCACUAUCACCCGGCUAACAUUCGGCUUCUGUCUGCUGUGGGAAUGGAUGGGAAAUUACUCCGCAUUAGACACAGGCUCUAGCUCCGAUCAGCAGUAAUGGAAACAUGAUAGCCAGGAUGCAACACUGACAAGGGGGCAAGGUGAGAGAGCUUCUCAGUGUCCGGGGUGUUCGUGACGUGGAACAUGACUCGCCAGCGAAAAAGAAACAGAAAGACAAACUCCUCCACUGACAAUGGGAAAGGGGUCACUGGCCUUCUUUUUGGGCACAACAGGUCCCUGCAGUGCAACACCAGCACCAGCACCACCGUGCACACGAGUGUACAAGGUGCGUCGGGUGUGAUGGCGUUGUGCUCCGAGGCCUGUGUCUCGGGAGGAGACUCCUCUGGGAGUGAGACGGGUUCUAGCUGUCUUCAGUUUGGGGUUCGUUCCUAUCUGCACCACUUCUACGAGGAGUGCUCAUCCUCCGUGUGGGAGAGAGACCCUGAGGAUCGGGGGUUCGUCCAGAGCCAGAGGUCAGCCCUGUGGUGGAACUCAGCAGUCUGGAAGGUGUCCUUGGCCCUGGGCCUCCUGAUCCUGACUGCAGGCAUCGCCAGCCUGUCAGUCGGCUCCUUCACUCCCCAUAAAAUCGAGUCGUUCGGAGAGGGGGACCUGCUCUUUGUCGACACCCACGCCAUUAGCUUCAACAGGGGGCUGCACCUCAGCGCUGCGGCUGGGAUCGGGCUCUCCUGCCUCGGCUCGGCCCUGCUGGCGAUGGGGGUUGUCGUUUGGAUCCUGCCCAGGGCCAACUUGAAGGAGAGGCUGUUCCACAGACCGGGGGAGGGGGAAGGGAGAGGAGAGCUGCGGUCCAAGGGGAGGGGAUUUAGGGAUCCAGGGGAUGUGGUCACUAAGCCACCAGGUAUCGAAGAGGGGAAGAUACCUGUCACACUGUCGAAAGUGGAAAAUGUGCAGCCCACUUCUUAAAAGGAUCCCUGCUGAGCAACAUGGCUCCAGGCUUUUGUUGUAGUCCAGGGGGCCUCAUUUACAAGGUCUUAUGGUGGUUUGUUUUUCAUCUAUUUUGAAGGUAAAAUAUGUAAUUUUAUCACACAAAUGGAGGUCGUUUGGAUACCUGGAAAUUAGACUCAAACAAGAUGUAGACGAAAUACUUCAAAAACCUAUCAGGCUUCAAAAGCACAGCUUGAUCAGAGAUUUUUAUUGUCGAAACAAACCCAAAUUAAAACAUAUAAAUGAGGCACCAAGACUUCAACCAGAGACCUUGUGGCUCUCUUGUAUUGUAGCUGUUGACUUUGUUUGUGCAGUGCAAUAGUCUUGUAUUUAAAAAGAAUACUGUACAGUGACUAAUGUCCGCCCAGACACUGAGAGAGAGCAGAGUCCUAAUGACUAAUGGUAGAAAACUCUAUUUUUACCCCUUAACUUGAUAAUGUUUUUUGUAUUUCUAUUUUUUUCCAAUGGCAAGCAGCUUUCCAAGUAGUUAGACAUACAGUAUGACACGAUUCAGAAAUCCAAACCUACAUUUCCAUUCACAUACAUACAGAAUACACACACAUGGAUCACAGGUGCUCACAUGCAGGAGUGGUUACAGAUAAAAACAGUUCUAUAUCUACAUUUUCACACGUCUACACUAAUGCUCAGCCCGAUGUGGUGAAAACAUGUACAGACACCCACACACACAAAUCCGUGCUUCAUUGACAAUAUCACCUAUUUUCUCCCCACUGUAAUCUAGUUCCCUAAUUGCCUGCAAUCUGUGUCUCCAGGCAACAGUUGGGCCUCAAGUGCUCUAUUUUCACCUCCGGACAAAGACUCCUUUCUGAUUGGUCGCCCGUAUCCCCUCUCGUCAUUUUCACUCCAAUCAGACUUUUUGUUUACAGUCAUACGCCGUAGUAGCGGGUAAGUGGUGAGGCACUGAGGUGAGAGGAAUAUGCACUGGCACCUCAGAGGCCACCUGUUAGAUAGGGUCCUCUGGUUUAUUUAAAUUAGUUUGAGUUACAAAAACAAUUAAAAUAGACAUUAUAACCACGAUGCCCUGAUUUAACUGCACUGAUUCUCACUGGAUGUUAUUAUUGGUGUUUCAUUGUUUUAUUGUGUUAUUGGCCAUGAUGAAGAUAACGGAGUCAAAUGAGGGUCAAGUGUCACUGGUGCAAAUGAAAUGACCAGAAUAAAGUUGUGAUCUGCAAA